CUCUAUGGAGACAGCUAAGAUUAUGAUGUUGAUUAAAUAAACAAUCAUUCUUUGUCUGAGUUUGAAUGAGACGUUUUAUUCCUAUCUACUUAACUGGUGCCGAAACCAAAAUAUUAUCUAGUAUUUUUAAUUGAAGUUAAUAGGAAUUUUCGGAUAGAUUUUGAAAAUGCCAAGGAGGAAAAAGGAAAUUGCAUCAAAUAUUGAAAUUACCGGGAAAGAACCACCACUUAUGGACGUGAAAUGUCUCAUGAAUUUGAUCGGAUCAAUUCAGGAGUUCCAAGGAGAGGUAAAAGAACUCUAGAUGAAGAUGCCAUCCAUUCUCAAAUUAUUGACAGCAAUUUUGAUGAAUUAACAACUACAAACCUGCAUUCGUUUUUCUUGUCUAGAAUAAGUACAUCAAUUAUGGUUGAUUUGGGAGUAUCGUUCAGUUCAUCUUGGGAGGAUGUUAAAAAAGCCCUUAAAGAACGUUAUGCAGGUGCAAGGAAAUCAGUCUCUGCAAUGGCAAUGAGAGUGUUGGAAUUGAAUCGUGAUUUGGGAGAGUCAAUUGGUAGUUUUGCCAAUCGGUUAUCGCAAUUGGUUAAAGAAUUGAAAUCGAAAGUUUUAGAUUCGUGUAAUACUAAAGAGGAAGGGGUAUGGAGAAAUAAAAUCUAUGAAGAGUUAUCAAUGGAAGUUUUGUUAAGAGCAGCUUCGGAGCGAGUAUGUACGAGUGUGAAAAUUGCAAAACCUCAGUCUUUAGAAGAGACUAUUCAAAUUGUCAAAGAUGAGGAGUCUUAUUGGAAAGAAGCUAGUCAUAGACACUCAAAUUGGAGAGUGGUUGAGAAUAAGAGAAGAUAUUCACUUAAUAGUAGAACCUCUCCUGUUUAUGGUAACAGAUCGAACCAGAAAUGGAGAACUGAUGUAAAGGGAUUGGUUACUAAUGGGAAAGGAAAUAGAAAGGAAAGAGAAGGGAAAUUAGCACGAAACGAGUGUUGGGAGUGUAGAGAAGAAGGGCAUUUUGCCAGAGAAUGUCCUUACAUUUAUAGAAAGGAAGUUACCCCAAAAAAGAAUUUUGGAAGAAGAGAAGUCAAUGCUUUGAGGAGGAAGGAAAAUCGCAAAAAAAAUUUGGAAGGUAGUUCUGAUGGAGAGAGUUUAACUCACUCCUCAGAUAUUGAAAAUAGCUGUUACCGUUAUGAAAGUCAAUAUCGAGAGAAAAAUGAAAAAGACUGGCCUGAAUUGAAGGAAAAUAAAUCAUCCAAAUUAUCGACAAAGAAAGGUAGGAAUAAAGAUUGAGGAAAAGUGGAUUGCAAAAAAGGAGAGCUACCUAUAUUUUAUGUGAAGAGUUGGGAUGUUUAUUGCUUGUAUGAUACAGGAUCGGACAGUACAAUAAUUUCGGAAGAAGCAUUAAUAAAAAUUGAUCAUAGUUUGAAAAUAGUAUGGUGUUCUUGUGAAAUGUUAACUUUGACAGGAAGAAAAGCUUUAAAAGGGGAAGUAGAUUUAAAUCUGUUUGGAUUGAUUGGUUUUAAAAAAAUUAUGAGAGUUCAUGUAUCAACAGAAAUAAUGAACAACAAGUAUGAUGUGAUAAUUGGUUGUGAUAUGAUGAGAGAUCUUGGAGCUGCUCCUAUCAAUAUAAAUGGUCAAUGGAUAAUCAAGUUGGGGGAUAGAAAUUAUAAAUCGAAAAAUUCAAUUGCUAAAGAAAAACAUUUACUAAUGGGUUCCAUUGUGAGAGGAAAUUGUAAUGAACAAUUUAUAGACAAGGAACAAGAAAAAUUAGCAUUCUAUAUGCUGGAAAAGUAUAAGGACACUUUAUAUAAUGAAGGAGAGAGUCUGACAACAACAGGGAGAGUUCUGCACUCAAUUCAAUUAAAGUCAUCAAAACCAAUAUUUAUAAAAGCCAGAAGGUAUCCACAUGCAAUGAAAAAAAUCAUUAGAGAACACAUUAAGGAUAUGCUAGAACAGGGCAUUAUAAAAAAGUCUAUCUCUCCAUUUUGUAAUCCAUUAUGGGUUGUACCAAAAAAGUCUUCCCCUGGAGAACCGCCAAAACAUAGGGUGGUUGUAGAUUUCAGAGUUUUAAAUGAUCAAACAGAGUUGGAGAGAUAUCCCCUUCCAAGGCUAGAGGAUAUGAUUGACAGAAUGCAAUUCGGAGCUAAAGUUUUCAGCACUCUGGAUCUAAAGUCGGGAUACCAUCAAAUAAGAAUGAAUCCAAGGGACAUGGAGAAGACAGCAUUUAGCUUUGAGAGAGGACAUUAUGAAUUUACAAGGAUGCCUUUUGGAUUGAAAAACGCAGUACCAACGUUUCAAAGGCUGAUGGAUGAGUUUUUAGAAGACAUAAAUGAAGAAGCAAUACAAAUCUACAUGGAUGAUAUCAUUGUGUUCAGCAAGAAUCUCGAAGAUCAUAAAGCACAUCUCACACAGUUAUUUGAAAGAAUAAGGAAGUUUGGCCUUAAGCUGUCAAAGGAAAAAACUAACUUGUGUCAAUCUGAAGUGAAAUUCAUGGGUCAUGUGAUUUCGGAAAGUGGAGUUCGUCCUGACAGCCAGAAAAUUAGUGCAAUAAAAGACAUUCCCAUUCCAAAGAAUUUGAAAGAGAUAAAAACAUUUUUAGGCAUGGUCGGCUAUUAUAGAAAAUUCAUUCACAAAUUUGCACAGAUGACUGAUCCAUUAACAAACUUAUUAAAAAGAGGUGUGAAGUUCCACAUAUCAUCAGAUGUUAUCCAAGCAGUUGAAAAGUGUAAAGAAGCAAUUUGUUCAACGCCUAUACUUCAGUUUCCAGAUCUUCAACAACCCUUUACAUUAACAACAGAUGCUAGUGGGGAAGCAAUAGGAGGUGUACUAUCCCAAAAUGAGAAACCGGUUGCUUUUGCAAGCAGGAAACUUACUCCGGCCGAGAGGCGUUAUAGUACAAUUGAAAGGGAAUUUCUUGCUAUUGUAUGGUGUGUUGAGAAUUUUAGACCAUACCUUUACGGAAAUGAAUUUGUGCUAAGAACAGAUCACAUGCCACUUUUAUGGAUGAAUAAGCUGAAAGAAACAUCCGCCAGGAUAAC